GUUGUGAAAAUGAGGACGUCGAACUGUGCUGAAAAUGCGGCUACAUGUAUCGCGUGCUUAGCGAAAAGAGAUCCGUUUUGUGGAUGGUGUGUGAAAAACAGCAUUUGCACUGAAGAAGAUACAUGCGAACGAGUGUUACCGAAAACAAGCAGUGGAUGGUUGGAUUUUCAGAACAAUCGUUGCCCUAACAUCAAAGGUGUUGUACCUGAUAAAAUCCAGAUAACAACAGCAGAUUAUCUGAAUGUGAGCUUGGAGAAUAUGGGAGACAUCAAGGGCAGGUUACAGUGUUCUUUUCGCUUUGCUGACGGGAAAGUUGUGAAUAGUGAGCCAGCUAGACAAGAUCCUCUUGAUGGGACACUGAGAUGUGCUACUCCUCCAAUAAAUCGAUUGCCGAUGAUCCCACUGAAUGAGUCAUAUCAUCAGACUACCUUGAGUGUAGUGCCUGGAGUCGAAUGA